UAAGGGGCGGACCGUGCACGUGUGUUGGACGCAAUCCAAAAAUAAGGCGCGAGGAGGAGCGCGCGCGCCUUUUAUUCAUUCAGUGUCAGUACCGGUCCACCGGUCCGACCCGGAAUAAACCCGCUCCGACCCUCAGAGGUUCUGACAGAAGCAACAGGAUGUCUAACGAGAACAAACCGACCGACAAAGGUCAGGCUGUGGCCCUCAUCAUCUUCGUGCUCGGUCUGGGAACUCUGCUGCCCUGGAACUUCUUCAUGACGGCCUCUCAGUAUUUCAACGGACGCCUCAACAACAAGUCCAACAGCACGUCGGCAGCGACUGAAGACUACAACUACGACAGCUGGAUGGCCUUGCUUUCCCAGCUGCCCCUGCUGCUCUUCACCCUGCUCAACUCCUUCCUGUACCAGUGGGUGAGGGAGCGUAUCCGUGUGGCCUUCAGCCUGAUCGCCAUCUUACUCUUCUUCUCCCUCACGGCGGCUCUGGUCACCGUCCCCAUGCAGCCGGGCUCCUUCUUCUCCGUCACCAUGGCGACCAUCUGGUUCAUCAACAUGUUCAGCGCGGUGCUGCAGGGCAGUCUGUUCGGUGUGGUCGGCCUGUUUCCUCCUCGGUACAGCACGCUGUUUAUGAGCGGUCAGGGUCUGGCCGGGCUCUUCGCUGCGGUCGCGAUGCUUUUCUCCAUCCUGAGUAACGCUGAUGAGAACACGGCGGCGUUGGGAUACUUCAUCACGCCGUGCGUCGCCACUCUGGGAACGCUGGUGUGUUACCUGCUGCUGCCGCACCUGGACUUUGCUCGUUUCUACCUGAACAGAAGACAGUCGGAUCCAGCGGAGGAAGUCUCGCCCCUUAAAGAAAAAGAAGCAUUAAACAACAAUCCUAUAGAGCUGGAGGCCAAGGGGAUCUCCGUCAGUGAGCCAGAGGAGCGCUCCUCCGUCCUGGCCGUCUUCAAAAAGAUCUGGAAGAUGGCGCUGUCUGUGACGUGCGUGUUUGCCGUCACCCUGUCGGUGUUUCCUGUGAUCACGGUCCGAGUGCAGACCGUCUACAAGAACCCCGCCUGGGAAAAAGUCUUCACCUGCGUUUGCUGCUUCAUCGUCUUCAACGUCAUGGACUUGCUCGGCCGCAGCGCGCCGUCUGUCGUCCAAUGGCCGUCGAAGGACAGCGUCCUGUUUCCCGGCGCCGUGCUGUGUCGUGUGGCCUUCAUCCCUCUGCUCAUGAUGUGUAACAUCCACAACUCCAACCUCAACGUCUUCAGCCACGACUGCAUCUUCGUCAUCAUCAUGGCGCUGUUCUCCUUCUCCAACGGUUACUUGGCGAGCCUCUGCAUGGCCUACGCUCCACAGUUCGUGCGGUCUAAGGACUGUGAGACCGCCGGCUCUCUGAUGACCUUCUUCCUCGUUCUGGGUCUGGCACUCGGAGCGUCGUUCUCCUUCCUGCUGGGAAAACUGGUUUAGACGACAAAGACGAAUGAAACCCGAGUUUACGCACUUUGUGUCAGGACUGCUGUUUGGUUCAGAAUAGUCACAGCCCAUAUUUGUAUAGAUAAAUUAUUAGUACAUUAUAUUGAACAUAUAUAAUGUCAACAACAGAACAGGAAUUCAAUGUUUAACAGUAUUUUAUGACACAAACUGUUUAAUCUGUGUAAUAAUCAAUUUAAAGGUCCAGUGUGAAACAUUGAGGAGGAUCUAUUCGAAAUGUAAUAUAAUAUUCACAGGUACCAAAGGAAUUACCUAAAGAAUGUUUUUAUCUACAGAGGAAGCGGGUUCAUGUUUCUACGGUAGCCCAGAACGGACAAACCAAACACUGGCUCUACACAGGAGCCACUCUAGUUUCUCCUACAUACUUGAAGUGAGGCAGUUGCAAUCUGUAACUGCACCACUAGAUGCCACUAAGUCCUUCACACACUGGAUCUUAUAAAUUACACGGAAAUUUGUUUAAAAUUCCUGCUCUUAUUCUGAAGGGGACGAGUGGAUUAUUUUGAAAGUCCUCUCUUUGCCAGUGACUUCUUUGUCUUUGUCACAGCUUCACCUUCAUACAUACUGUCAGUGCUUCACCUUCUACCACGAGACCUUCAAGGGCGUCUGUAAAACGUAACGUCGUUUAGGAAAUUAAAGCAAUAGCUGGCUAACGCAGCCUAAAAUAUAAAUUUUCUCCGUCGGUGCUUCGUUUAAAACAUCCGAUGGUUACAUCACAGCAACAGAGCGCUCCUAUUGGCUGCCGACACACCGACCACUGAACGGUUUACAUGUUAACGGACAUAAAGGGACGAAGCGCAGCAGUCUCACACUGAUGAAUCUUUUAUUUUACUUUAUGCUUUAUUUAAAAGGGAAUGUUUAUUACUGAACUUUUUAUUUUUUAUGUAUUUUGUUUGUUUGUUUUCAGCUUUAUGUUUUUAUGCACUGAUUGUUUUUUUAUGUGUGUGUGUUUGGGGGGGGGGGUUUGUAUUUAAUGUAUUUUUAUAUCAUUUUGUACCAACAUGUUUUUAUAAUAGAAUAUCUUUUUCUAUUGUUUUCUUAUUGCUUAUUUGUGUGUUUUUGUACCAAGCAGUCUCUAAUAAGAAUUGCUUUGAUAAUAAAAUGCAUAAAUUGUCACUGUUAUGUUUGUUUUUACACGUCAGACAUACGGGGAAGUCUCUUUGGUGUUUUGGUGUAAAACAAUAAUCAGUAAGAAAAAAUAAAAGACAAGAAUCACAAAUAAAAUCAAAAUGUUCAAUAAAAAGUAUGUUGUAAUGAAAA